UUUCUGCACAUGUCUUCUACAGUACCAUCAACGACGACGGUUGCAACGGGCGCAACGAGUACAACACUGUCUUUAGAGGAAUUUCCGCCUUCUCAAAGCCUACUCUCAUUAUCUAUAGCAGCUUCCAGUGCUGCGCCCAUACCCAUAUCAUCGCCUAUGGACUCUUCAAUUCCCGACUCAGGGCCCACGUCGUCUUCUGUUCAAAGCUCCAACGUCAAUGGCAAUGCUGCCAAAAACCAACGGAGGUUAUCAUCCACAGGAAAGGCCAGGAGAAGACUGAGCGAUGCAAGGGAUGCAGCUGCAAGACCUUUCUACCCUUUCGCUUUCGCCCUCUUCACCAUCAACACAUUCGUUUGCAAAUACUAGUGCCCCAGGUGCUAUUUCUGGAAGGAGCGGGAUGUCCGCUCUAUUGACUGCUACAUCAUUAGAGUCACCUGUCACACUUACAGGGAUCCCCAUGAGUGCAACUCCUCAAGACUCAGCCGCCACUAAUGUCGGCUCGACACCAGCUUCUGCGCCCGCUUCGAUGCAGCAAGUCAUCAACUCCAAGCCCAUCAACAUAAAGAGUGGUAAGAAGAGGGGCAUGGAACAUAAGUGCGAAGGUUGUUCAAAGAUCUACCGUCAUCCCUCUUGCCUAAUCAAGCAUCGUUGGGAGCAUACUCCUCAUUGGCGCGAGUCGUCGAAGUACGUGCUCAGCAAGCACCAGCAGGUGCAGCUUCUUGAAGCUGCUGCUAUCCUGUCACAUCUUUCUGCGGACUCGGCGACGGGUACUAGCCUCCCGGAAGACCGAAGUCUUUGGCCCAGCUUUCUAAGUGGCGGUACAUUGCCACUGCCUGAGGGUAGCAACCCAGGAACAUCUGCUGGCGUGUCAAGUUCGGUACCCGCUACCAGUGUAUUGCGCUCUGCUCUCGUUUCUUCUACAAUUCCGGGUACGAUACCAGCACGUUCGCCCUCCGUUGGACCAAGGUUGCACGAUUACCCCAUUCCUACUACGGACGUCACCCAAGUCCGUCCUGGUCUUUAUAUGAUGGGCGGAUCGUCUGCGCCUGCGAGCGCUGUCAGUCCUAUCACGACUUCGCUUAACGACUCGUACUCUGAAGUGCGCAGCCUGGGUCCUGGAAUAGGUUAUGGUCGGGCUUCAUCCCUCUCUUCGUCUUCUGGUGACAGUCCAUCUUCUCAGGGUGCUAGCCCUAGUGGACGCCGAGUUCCCGUUUCCAAUUUUACCACUUCCUCUUCCUUCAAUUCCGUUACAUUAUCGAUUCCUCGUAGUUCUCUACGCAGUGAAAGUGUGUUCAGCGAAAGCGAGCGAUCGAGCUCAUUGGAAGAAGAGGAUGAAGCAGGGGAAGAGGAUUACCCUAUGAAUGAGUAUCAUGAUCACGAGUUUGAACUUGACGUUGACGGAGAUGACGUCCUUGAUAUUCCAGGUCGCAGGAGAGAUGUCUAUGCUUUCAGUGGCAGAGGAGACUUGGAGAAGAAGAACUUUGACGAGUAUGGGUUCGAGUAUGAGGUUGGUCUUAGUAUGGGUGUGCCGAAAACCAAGGUUGCCACUCCUAUGGGCUUGGACUCUAUGAAAGAAGAAGAUUGGGAGAUGGAAAUGGACAUGGAUUGAAGCAAAUCCUAUCCAAGUUGAUGAUUUCGAACACAUCAACUCGAAAUCGCCUUGUCGUCUUUAGUCUCUUUUUUAUCUCUAAUUUGGGGUUUAGAU